AUGGGUCUUAUGCUUAAAAAGCCGGAGGGAACUCCAGGUCGAUCAUGGCCGGCUAUCAUGAUUGGCUUGUUUGUAGCCUUUGGUGGAGUGUUGUUUGGUUAUGAUACUGGAACCAUUGGAGGUAUCUUGGCUAUGCCAUACUGGCAGAAGGAAUUCUCCACAGGAUACAUUGACAGCACCGGAAACCCCAACAUCUCAGCUUCCGAGUCCGCUCUCAUCGUCUCGAUCCUGUCUGCUGGAACUUUCUUUGGAGCUCUUGCUGCUGCACCAAUUGCUGAUGCUAUCGGUCGUCGUUGGGGCUUGAUUGUCUCCACGGCUAUCAUUUUCAACUUGGGCGUUAUUCUGCAGACUGCUGCUACUGAGCAACCAAUGUUCAUCGCUGGUCGCUUCUUUGCUGGUCUUGGUGUUGGUUUAAUCUCCGCUAUGAUUCCACUUUACCAGUCCGAGACUGCACCCAAGUGGAUUCGAGGUGUGAUUGUUGGCUCAUACCAACUUGCCAUCACUAUCGGUCUCUUGCUAGCCUCCAUUGUUAACAACGCCACUCAACACCGCGACGACACAGGAUCCUACCGUAUCCCAAUCGCAGUCCAGUUCGCCUGGGCCAUCGUUCUCGUCGGCGGAAUGCUAGUCCUCCCAGAGACCCCUCGCUUCAUGAUCAAGCAGGGUAAACUCGAGGCCGCGACCAAGGCCCUCGCCAAGAUCAGACGACUUCCAGCCGAUGACCCAGCUGUCGUGGAUGAGCUUGCUGAAAUCCAAGCCAACCACGAGUAUGAGCUGAGUCUUGGAAAGUCUAGCUACGCAGACUGUUUCAAGGGCAACCUCCUCAAGCGUCUUCUUACUGGAUGUGCUUUGCAAGCAUUGCAGCAGUUGACUGGAAUCAAUUUCAUCUUCUACUACGGAACUCAAUUCUUCAAGAACUCCGGCUUCACCAACUCCUUCGUCAUCAGCUUAAUCACCAACUGCGUCAACACGGCCUCCACUUUCCCGGGCCUCUACGCCAUCGAGAAAUGGGGUCGCCGCCCAGUCCUCUUCUGGGGCGCCAUCGGCAUGUGCGUCUCGCAAUUCAUCGUCGCCAUCCUCGGCACCACCACCACCGGCCAAGACAUCGCCGGCAACAUCAUCGUGCACAACGAGCCCGCCCAGAAGGCCGCCAUCGCAUUCAUCUGCAUCUACAUCUUCUUCUUCGCAUCCACCUGGGGUCCCGUCGCCUGGGUCGUCACAGGCGAGAUCUUCCCGCUCAAGGUCCGCGCCAAGUCCCUCUCUAUGACUACCGCUACCAACUGGCUGCUCAACUGGGCUAUUGCCUACUCCACUCCGUACCUUGUCAACUGGGGUCCUGGAAAUGCGAAUCUCCAAUCUAAGAUCUUCUUUGUUUGGGGAGGAUGCUGUCUUAUCUGUAUUAUCUUUGUGUAUUUCAUGAUUUAUGAGACCAAGGGUCUUACCCUUGAGCAGGUUGACGAGUUGUAUGGUGAGGUUAGUGUUGCGAGGCAUAGUAUUGGGUGGGUUCCUACUGUGACGUUUAGGGAGAUUCAGGAUGGGAAGGGCCAUGAGAAGGUGGAGCAUGAGGAUACCACCAAGGUGUAA